CACAAACCAUUUCCCUUUGCUCCGUACCAACGUCUCCCGACGCAAAUAAUCACCUCCACUACCACCUCCGACCCCAUUUGAGCGCCAACGUCAAUCAAGAUGGACUUCUCCGAUGUCUUUCGAAUCGUUAACCUGGUCGUGGGUGUGUUGAUGAUAUUGGGCGGGAUUGGACAAUUCUGGCCAAGCAUCAACGUGCAAAGUGUCAUUAUUGCGGUAUAUGUCUGGAUCUUUGGUCUUGCCACCGCUGCGCUCGAAUUCCAGAUCCCACCUCAAGUCGCCCGAUAUGCCUCGUUCAUGUUCUCCUUCAUCGGCCGCGGAGUUUUCUACAUCUUCGUGGGUUGCAUAAUAAUGGGUGACAACUGGUGGAAGUACCUCUCCGGCGCUCUCAUCACCUUUGCUGGAAUCGCAUACGUUGCAAUGGAGUUCAUGCCCAACAUUGAGCCCCCGGCUAAUAUGAGAGACGCUGAUGCGGGCUGGGGCGCUGAGCAAGUCUAGACAAUGACACGGAGACCAACAGAAAUGAUCUGGGCUUCGAGGAGUCCAUGAUGGGGUUAGAGAGUGGAACACGCUUUGCACUUGUAUGGCAAGCUUUCGCACGAGUUCAGACCCACAAAUGGAGAAGCAGACGAUAUACAACGAGCGAUAGCGAGCGGUUUGCAGCUGGAAAGCGAACUGCAUUGAUCGAUCGACGACGAGCCUGCGAUUAGACAAGCGAAGGCGUAGAGGCGCAAAGAGAGCAUGUAUAGUGCAAUGAACUUUGAACGUUAGCAUAUGGAACGCGCCAGUCUUGCUCAAGCAGU